GAGAGGAGAGAGAGAGAGGUAUUUUAAGGAACUUUUCCUACAAAGUAAACGGAUCCUGGCGCACAGGUCGUGCGCACGCAAGCUUUUCUGUUCCAAAUGUAAAGAUCAGAGUUUUACAUCAAGGCCUGUCAGAGAUGGCACACGAACAGGCGGCUGGUUUUUAAACCUCGUCAGUGUUAAAGCCCUAGGCUGUGAUGAAGGAGUGAAUGAUCUCUCGUGCUGAGCACUCCGAGGCUGAAAGCGCGCACUGUAGCGGUGCCAUGACCGGGGCGGCUCUGGCGAGUCUCUCCGUGAUGCUCGGUGCUGGUUUCCUCGCUUGGGACUGGUCGAGCCAGAACCAGGUGGAGAAUGAUCCUGCGGCACCGAACCCGAGCAGACCACCGCACAUCAUCUUCAUCAUGACAGACGACCUGGGUUUCAACGAUAUCGGCUACCACAACCGUGACAUGCGCACACCCACGCUGGAUAAACUGGCGGCCGGCGGUGUGAAACUGGAGAAUUACUACGUGCAACCGAUCUGUACACCUUCCCGCAGCCAGUUUCUAACCGGCAGGUAUCAGAUUCACACAGGUCUCCAGCAUUCCAUUAUCAGGUCCCGGCAGCCCAACUGUUUGCCUUUUGACAUGGUCACCCUGCCACAGCGUCUCCAGGAUGCUGGCUAUUCCACACACAUGGUGGGUAAAUGGCACCUGGGCUUCUACAAGCGAGAUUGUCUCCCUACUCGUCGUGGCUUUCAUACAUACUUUGGCUCCCUGACAGGCAGUGUGGACUACUACACAUAUGACUCAUGUGAUGGUCCAGGGAGGUGUGGCUACGAUCUCCAUGAAGGUGAAACAGUGGCAUGGAGAUAUCGGGGAAGAUAUUCUACUCAUCUGUACACACGCAGAGUGCGGAAGAUUCUGGCAUCACACGAUCCAUCAGGACAGCCUCUGUUUAUAUUCCUGUCCUUCCAGGCUGUACACACUCCCUUACAGUGUCCUAAGGAAUACAUUUAUCCGUAUCGUGACAUGGGGAAUGUUCUUCGACGCAAACAUGCUGGCAUGGUCUCAUCUGUGGAUGAGGCAGUACACAAUAUAACAUACGCGCUUCGGAAAUAUGGCUAUUACCACAAUAGUGUGAUUAUUUUUUCUACAGAUAAUGGGGGCCAGCCUUUAUUUGGAGGGAGCAACUGGCCACUCAGAGGAAGGAAGGGGACAUAUUGGGAAGGUGGCAUGCGUGCAGUGGGAUUUGUCCACAGCCCACUUCUCAGGAGACGGAGGAAAGUCAGCAAGGCACUAGUUCAUAUCACUGACUGGUACCCAACAUUGGUGCGUCUGGCAGGGGGGAAUGUAUCCCAACUGCAUGGACUAGAUGGGUAUGACAUUUGGGAAACGAUCAGCGAGGGAAAGGAGUCCCCACGUUAUGAGAUCCUCCACAACAUCGACCCAUUGUAUGUGCCUUCACGCCAUGGCUCGUUACGGGGCGGAUAUGGUAUCUGGAACACUGCUGUACAGGCAGCAGUGCGAAUGGGAGACUGGAAGCUGCUGACAGGAGAGCCUGGUUAUGGGGACUGGACGCCACCUCAGGUGUUAGGAAACUUCCCGGGAGCCUGGUGGGAUCUUGAGCGUCACGCCGAAGCCCGCAAAUCACUAUGGCUGUUCAACAUCACAGCAGAUCCGUAUGAGCGCUACGACAUGGCUGAGAAGAGGCCUGAUGUGGUAAAGCAGUUACUGGCAAGAAUAGUGUUUUACAAUCGCACAGCUGUGCCUGUUCGUUACCCUGCUGAGGACCCAAGGGCAGAUCCGAGUCUGAAUGGAGGGGCGUGGAGGCCUUGGGCUGGGGAUAAAGAAGCAGACAGCUGUCAACAAGUUUAUCACAGGAGACAAAAUGACAAGAAUAAGAAGCUGAGCAAAAUGAGAUCAUUUUUCAAAAAACUCAGCACAAAAAUGAUGUCCAAUAGGAUAUGAGUGGUGUAACUGAUAACAGGGAUUUACUUCCUAACCUUCUGAAAACCCUUUGAAAAAAAUCACAUGAAAGUCUUUUGUUUGAUUAUUCAUUACAAGUUUCUCAUGGCCUAAUCUUUUGGCUGUUUGACUGUAUUACAUACUCUACCUCUCUAUUUUUUCUGUACUCAUGUACUUUGUAAGGCCCUUCUCUUUUACAAACCUUACAAAAACACUAAAACUGCAUAGAACCCUAAAACAGUACUACACUUUUAGAAUUACUUUAAACCAGAGUAAGUUUAAGGUCAGUGAAGACCCCUUAUUGUCCUAUAAAACAUUAUAAGACUGUUGAAGAACCCUUUUUUCUAAGAGUGUACUGUAUAGCUCGUACAAUCUAAAAAUGGACUGAGAAAUUACUAAUUCAUAAAAUGAAUGAAGGAAUGCCUUUUUUGUUGUGGUCUACUGUAGAUACUCUAGACAAUAACACACUGUGGAUUUAAAACACACACACACAUACACACACACACACACACACACACACACACACACACACACACACACACACACACACACACACACACACACACACACAUCACAAGCUGCUUUUUAUUUGUUUAUGAAUUGAUUAUUAAAUGUAUUGUUUACUAUUUCACAAUAAUCAGCUACUUGAUAUAGAUCAUAGUAUUUGUCAUAUGUAUGUAAUGUGAGUGUUCUGCAUGCAUUGAUGGCAUUUUUUUGUAUUAACAAUUUACAGACGUGCAUGUGGACUUGAAUUAAUCUCCAAAAAGGGACUGCCCUCUAGUGGUCACAUGGUGUUAUUAACAAACCUGAAUCUGGAGACAUGAUGAAUAUUUAAUAUUUUAAAGGUAAGAUAUUGUGGGAGUCCAAAUAAAUAAAUAAACAAAACAAAAUAAAAAAAUACA